AUGUCUGACGAUUCUGACUACGAGGUCUACGACUCACAAGAUACUUACUAUGAUGACGGAGACGACAUGGAAGACAUUCUCAUGGACGACGACGACGAGGACUUCAGACCACCGCCAGUCAACGCCAAGGGAAAGCAAACCGAUUACGAGGUUCAUUACGAGAGCUUGACUCCAUAUCAACUACAAACCCUGAUCGACGACGACAUCCGUCAUGUGGCGGCUAUAAUUGGUUCCGAGCCACCCAUAGUGUCUAUCCUGCUCCGUCACUUCAGAUGGAACCGCGACCGUCUCCUGGAUCGGUUCAUGGACUCCGACGUUGCCGACAUCCUGCGCGCCGCUGGCGAGCCUGAACACAACGCCGCAAAUUCACCCACAACCAAUCUGACCUGUGAGAUCUGCUUCGAUACCCCUUCGCCGGAGGACACAUUUCAGCUGCGAUGCCACCAUCGCUUCUGCAGAGAAUGCUGGUGGUGCUAUGUCACGUCCAAGAUCAAAGAUGAAGGGCAAUGUACGUUCGGGUGCAUGAAGGACGGGUGCAAGACUAUCGUAGAUGAGCCCUCUGUCCGAGCACUGGUCGAUGAACCUUGCUAUGAUCGAUAUCGUACACUGAUCCAGUCGUCGUACGUCACGUCUCACCCAACCCGCCUUCGCUUCUGCCCGUACCCCGCCUGCACUUCCGCUGUCUCGUGCUCCAACGGCUCCGGGUCGUCGCUGCUAACUCUGGUCCCUACCGUGACAUGCGCUUCUGGCCAUGCCUUCUGCUUUGGGUGCGGCAUGUCCGAGAGCCAUGCUCCUUUGCCGUGCAAGCUCGCUGCGACAUGGCAAACAGCCGCGCGAGAGGAUCAAGGAACGGCGCAGUGGAUCAAGGCGAACACCCGUAACUGUCCCAAGUGUAAGAACAGCAUUGAGAAAGGUGGAGGAUGCAACCGGAUGACGUGCAGACACUGCAGCUACAUGUUCUGCUGGAUGUGCAUGAGAGACUGGAACGUCCACGGGUAUAACAAUGAAGUAUGCAAUAUCUGGAACGAACCCCCGCCUGACGAGAACAUGACCACCGCCAGCCGCAAUCUCCAGAAGUGGCUGUUCUACUAUGACCAUUUCACGAAUCACGAGCUCUCUGCGCAGCUUGAAGGCGAGUUAUACGAGCGCACCGCCGAGAAGAUUGUGGAAAUGCAAGACAAAUCCGGCAUCUCCUGGAUUGAGGCGCAGUUCCUCAGGCGGGCCGUCGACGAGCUCUCGCGUUGCCGCGCGACCCUCAAGUGGACGUACGCCAUGGCCCACUUUCUCGCGCAGGGGAACAAGAAGCAGAUGCUGGAGGAUAUCCAGGCGGAUCUGGAGAAGGCUGUCGAGCAACUGGCGCAGCUGAUCGAGGAGCCAAUAGAAGAGGGGAGCGUCAGGGACCUAAGGGCUCGAGUGGUGGAUAAGAUGGUGUACGUGCAGAAAAGACAUGAAGUUGUGAUGAAGGACACGGCGGCGGGGCUAAUGGAGGGGAGCUGGGAUUGGGACGCCCCUCUCGAAUGA